CAUUUCUUGAGCUUUUCUUCAGGGGACCUUGUGGAAAAGGGCAAGAACUGCAUUUCGGCCCUUCCUGUCACUUAGAAAGUGUCCUCAGCGUCUUACCUCAGUUUCCCCUCUACCACAGGAGACACAGAGCAGGCUCCCGCAGCUCCCCAGUACUAACACUGGGCUCUAAUGGCCGGAGUGUGUCUUCCUUCAGGAUAGUAUUUGGUUCCACAAUGUUUGGGAACCUAUUUGAAGAGGAUUAUUCCAGUGUGUCAAAUAGUCAGUAUGGAAAAGGGAAGAAAUUAAAGACUAAAGGGUUGGAGCCACCUGCCCCUAGAGAAUUCACCAAUUUAAGUGGAAUCAGAAAUCAGGGUGGAACCUGUUACCUCAAUUCCCUUCUUCAGACUCUUCAUUUCACACCUGAAUUCAGAGAAGCUUUAUUUUCUCUUGGUCCAGAAGAACUUGGUUCUUUAGAGGAUAAGGAUAAGCCUGAUGCAAAGGUUCGGAUCAUACCUUUGCAGUUACAGCGCUUGUUUGCUCAGUUACUGCUCUUAGACCAGGAGGCUGCAUCCACCAUAGACCUCACUGACAGCUUCGGAUGGACCAGCGAGGAGGAAAUGAGACAACAUGAUGUACAGGAACUGAACCGAAUUCUCUUCAGUGCUUUGGAAACUUCUUUAGUUGGGACCUCUGGCCAUGACCUCAUUAAUCGUCUAUACCAUGGCACCAUUGUGAACCAGAUUAUUUGCAAAGAGUGUAAGAACAUCAGUGAGAAGCAGGAAGACUUCUUGGAUCUGACAGUAGCAGUCAAAAACGUAUCUGGUUUAGAAGAUGCACUCUGGAACAUGUAUGUGGAAGAGGAAGUUUUCGACUGUGAUAACCUGUACCACUGUGGAACCUGUGACCGGCUGGUUAAAGCAGCAAAGUCUGCCAAAUUACGUAAGCUGCCUCCUUUUCUUACUAUUUCAUUACUAAGAUUUAAUUUUGAUUUUGUGAAAUGUGAACGCUACAAGGAAACGAGCUGUUAUACGUUCCCCCUCCGGAUCAAUCUCAAGCCUUUUUGUGAACAGAGUGAACUGGAUGAUACAGAAUAUAUGUAUGACCUCUUCUCCGUCAUUAUCCACAAAGGUGGCUGCUAUGGAGGUCAUUACCAUGUGUACAUUAAAGAUGUUGAUCAUCUAGGAAACUGGCAAUGUCAAGAAGAGAUAAAUUAUACGGAUGUGCAUUUGAAAGAUCUUCAGAAUGAAGAAGAGGUUGAUGACCCAUUGAUGAUUCUAAAAACAAUCUUAUUGCAGGAGGAGACCAAUCAAAUUCCUGUUGAUCAGCUGGGCCAGAAACUCUUGAAAAAGACAGGAAUAUCUUGGAACAAGAAGUACAGAAAACAGCAUGGACCAUUGCGAAAGUUCUUACAGCUCCAUCCUCAGAUGUUUCUGCUCAGCACAGAUGAAAGUACAGUUAGUCUCCUGAAGAGCCAUUUUACUCAGGCCCCGUCUGAUCUCCAAAGGAACCAGGAACAGAUUCUACAUACACUUGCUUCAGAACCCCCAGGGUUAAGUGAUAACACCAGCUGCCCCCACUGGUUUGAUAUCAAUGAUUCCAAAGUCCAGCCAAUCAGAGAGAAUGCUAUCGCACAGCAGUUCCAGGGUAAAGAAAGUGCCUACAUGCUGUUUUAUCGGAAAGCCAAGCUGCAGAGGCCCUCCGAAGCUCGAGCCAAUCCAAGAUACAGGGUUCCAUGUCAUUUGCUGAAGGAAAUGGAUGCAGCCAACAUUCAACUGCACAUGAGAAGGGCAGAAUGUGACUCUGCAAACAACAAUUUUGAAUUGCAUCUCCAUCUGGGUCCUCACUACCGUUUCUUCAAUGGGGCUCUGCACCCUGAAAUCUCUCAGACAGAGAGUGUGUGGGAUUUAACCUUUGAUAAAAGAAAAACUUUAGGAGAUCUCCGUCAGUCAAUAUUUCAGCUAUUGGAAUUCUGGGAAGGAGACAUGGUUCUUAGUGUUGCGAAGCGUGUGCCAGCAGGACUCCAUGUGUACCAUACCCUCGAUGGAGAUGAACUGACACUGUGUGAAGCUGAAAUUGCUGAUGGGGAAGACAUCUUUGUAUGGAAUGGAGUAGAGGUUGGUGGAGUCCAGAUUCAGACUGGCUCUGAUUGUGAGCCUCUGCUGUUGCACAUUCUUCAUCUCGAAAUGAGUGGUGAAGGCUCAGAGUGUGAGCAGUUGGUGGAGUCGCCACACGUCUUUCCAGCUAACGCAGAAGUGGGCACUGUGUUCACAGCCUUGGCCGUUCCUGUAGGCGUCCUCCUUACAAACAGUGUGGAGUCUGCAGAGGAAGAGGGUUGGACUGCUAUUCCCAAGGAGGACAUGAAGAAGACAUUCAGAGAACAAGGUCUCAGAAAUGGAAGCUUAAUUUUGGUUCAGGAUGCAGACAGUGAUGAUAACAGUCUGUUGCCCAGACAAGGGAGAUGGACCUCCAGUGUGGAUGAGCUGAACUGGCUCCAAGUGAAAAACUUGUGCCAGUUAGAAUCUGAAGAGGAGCAGGUUCAGAUAGCCGCGACCGUGCACACAGUGGUGUUUGAUAUUCGAAUUAAAGCCAUAAAGGAAUUAAAAUUAAUGAAGGAACUAGCUGAGAACAGCUGUUUGAGACCCAUUGAUAGAAACGGGAAGCUUCUUUGUCCAGUACCAGAUGCUUGGACUUUGGAGGAAGCAGAGGUGAAGAUGGGGAGUUCCUUGGGACUUUGUCUGGGAAAAGCACCAACUUCCUCUCAGCUGUUCCUGUUUUUCGCUCUGGCAAGUGACAUUCAUCCUGGGGCGGAGAUGGAAGUCAUAGUAGAAGAGACACUCUCUGUGAGAGAUUGUUUAAAGAUAAUGCUGGAGAAAUCAGGUCAGCAAGGAGAGCGCUGGCACUUGAGGAAGAUGGAUUGGUGCUAUGAAGCCGGGGAGCCUUUGUGUGAAGAAGAUGCAACACUGAAAGAGCUUAUGAUAUGUUCUGGGGAUACUUUACUUUUAACUGAAGGAAAACUUCCUCCUCCGGGUUUCUUGAAGGUGCCCAUCUGGUGGUACCAGCCUGCAAGACUGUCAGGACACUGGGAGAGUCGGGACCACUCCAGCUGUGCCUCUCCUCUGGGUAGCAGCUGGGGAUCUGCUCCCAGCCAAGGUGCUCCUGGCCCUGAGCCUGCAGACAUUACCCUCCUCUACUUGGGAGAUGUGGAGAUCUCAGAAGAGGCCACAUUGGUGGAACUGAAGUCAAAGGCCAUGGCCUUGACCUCUGUCUCAAAGCUUGCAGUCCCGUCUGCAGCCCUUCUUAGAGUUUGGACAGUGGAGAGCAAACGGCCCAGCAGGCUCUUGCGUGUCGACUGGCGGCAGCUCAAGGAGUACAGACUGGGCCGGAGAGCAGAGCUCUGCUUAGAGCUUCUUCAAAAAGAGGAGGACUUGGGCCCGCGGGAUGUGCUGCUGAGGACACAGCUACGCAUCCCUGGUGAGAGAGCCUACACCCUGGCCAUGGACCUGGUAUGGGACACCACCCGAGGAUGGACUGCUGGCUCCUUGAGGCAGAGAGUGGCUGAUUUCUAUUCUCUUCCUGUGGAGAAGAUUGAAAUUGCCAAAUAUUUUCCUGAAAAGUUUGAGUGGCUUCCAAUAUCUAGCUGGAAUCAGCAAGUUGCCAAAAGGAAAAAGAAGAAAAACCAAGAUACUUUGCAAGGGGGACCAUAUUACUUGAAAGAUGGAGACACUAUUGGCAUUAAGAAUCUCCUGUUUGAUGAUGAUGAUGACUUCAGCACAAUCAGAGAUGACAUUGGGAAGGAAAACCAGAAGCAGCUGGCUUUGGAGAAAAAGAAAAGGUAACUCUGAGGCUUGGCCAGGCCCUACUCAAGGCCACCAGGAAUGAAACGUGGCAUUCUUGCUACCCUUUCAGACAUCUCAUCUGAUCUUCUGCAGGGCCCUAGUUGUCACCCGGCAGUGUUCCAUGUCAGGCCCUGUCAUGAUCUUCCCCAUGAAGAGCUGGAACAUUGUGUAUUGCUGCUACUCCUGUGUGCAGCCAGGCACACCCCCUUUGCGUGUCCUUACCAGCCAGCACUGCUUCCCACUCUUUUCCAUCUUAUUUUCUGAGACCUAAUGUUGUUAUAGACUUCCAGAUUCAAAAGCCACCAAUGGGGCUCAUUAUAGGCUCACCUUCUCAAAGGACCAGCAUCUCCGUUCCCUACACACCCUCUCAGGGAGCAUGCUUGCCCUUCACUGACACCCUUCACAGAUGGUGAAGUACGGCACUCUGCUGCCAUUCACAGGUGAAGCUCAGAGUGACUGGUGGCACAGAUACUGGUUCAUCUGUAGAGCAUGUGUCUGGGUGAUGGCUCGGUCAAAAGCUAGGACUACUAGUAUAAACAUACCUGCUAGUAGAAAGGCCAACGAGCUAAUAAAAACAUAGAGUUUGAGCAGACAGUUCACAGAGGGAAAUGCAGACAGCUUGUCAGCAUACAGAAAAUGCUCAACUAAGUUCAUUCAUCAAAAUGUCAGUUCAAACUACUACACAUUCACUAGCAUUGCUGAAAUGAUGCCACCUUGGUAAGAAGGCAGUGCCUGGGACAGUGGCCCAGCUGGUAGGUGUAGAGAUGGAACAACACUUGGGAGGUGCUUCGCACUACUGAGGAGUACACACCUGUACUACUCACACAGCAGUACCCUCAGAAACAGUAGAGUGCACAGUAGCCUGAGCUCAGCCUUCCAUGAGUCUGUCCUAGGAGUCCUCUGCAGAGGGCACUGUGCAGUGUGAAUGCCAGGCCAGCAGCCACAGUGCCAUGAUUGUGUUUGGGAGUCACAGUGAAGACUGGUCUGCUAAGUGGUGAGUGGGAGUGGUGGUUACUUGGGGACACAGACUGAGGAAGCAAAAUGGAGCUGACUGAACUGUCACCUAGGUGUGUGGCUAUGAUUUGGGUACACUGUGAAUGUUAACUUUGAGUUUAAAAUGUGAAGGAGAGAAGGGUUACACUGUUGAAUGUGCAGCCAGGAUGUGGCAAACCCCUUCUUACAGGGAUGGCAUGAGAGUGAACUGGGGCCCUCCGAUGGGCAGUUUGAAAACAUCUGUCCGACUUGCAAACCCUGUUCUACGUUGAGCCCUAGUAUCAGGAAUGCAUUUGGGAGCCAUUCUAAGUACCCUUGGCACAGGGCCUGGAGAGAUGGCUCUUGCUGCUUUUGCAGAGAGAGGACCUAGCUUCAGUUCCUAGCACCCACAUGGUGGCUCACACCAUUUAUAACUCCUGUUCCAGGAUAUCUAGUGCCCUCUUCUGACCUCCAUAGGCACCAGGCAUGCAGGCAAAACACACGUACACAUGAAAGUAAAUCUUAAAAAAAGAAAAAAACUAAAUAAGCCCCUCACCCAUGCCUGAGUAUCAGUGUCACCCUCUGUCUC